AAUACGAUGACGCAGCGGUGAAGAACAUGCUGUCUCUGCUCCAAGCAGCACCAUUUCCUGACAAGGCACCCAUCGACGCGAAUACGCCAUGGCAACUCGGAAUUGAAUACGACUAUUUGAAGAAGCUGAAACAUAUGUUCGAGACGGAGUGGAGCUGGAAAGCACUUGAGAAAAAUGUUGCGAAGUUUCAACACUAUUUGGUCCAAUAUGAGAAAGACGGAGAUGCAUUGGAUCUCCAUUACGUUCAUGUAAAGAGUCCCCGAAGUGACGCGAUUCCUCUUAUCCUUCUUCAUGGCUGGCCUGGCACUUUCUUUGACUUCCAUAAAGUCGUUGAGCCGUUGACCAACCCACCGAGUUCGGACUUGCCAGCGUUCCAUGUCGUAGUCCCAUCUAUUCCUGGAUACUUCCUGUCUACACUUCCGAGAAGAGACGGCUGGAGCGCAACUGACACCGCACGAGUCUAUAACGGACUCAUGACAUCUGUCCUUGGUUAUUCCAAGUACGUCGCCCAAGGCGGUGAUUGGGGCUCACUAAUCUUGCUCAAUCUGGAAGGACUUUUCCCCGAUUCAGUUACCCUCUCGCACUUCAAUCUUUUAUUUUCACGACCCGCCCCUGAACCCAACCAGUCAAAGUACACAGAACUGGAAAACCGGAUGCUUAAGAAGGGAAGCGAAUUUCAGGCUACAGGCUCUGGGUAUAUGCAAAUCCAGAGUACGAAGCCAUUCACUAUAGGAAUAGCGAUUGCGUCGUCACCACUCGCUGUUUUGGCGUACAUAGGCGAGAAGAUUUACGGCUGGUCUGACCCGAGUCUCGUUGAUCCGCAUGAUAUUCUAAACACUGUUGCUCUUUACUAUUUGAGCGGAUCCUUCCCGACAUCAGUAGUCAUCUACAACCAGGCUAUGAAAGGGAUACCCGGGUUCAGAACAAGUUCUGAAGGGAAGUUCUUGUUGAAGAACAAAUUUGGUUAUUCUGUUUUCCCCUAUGAAAUUGGUGUCGUUCCAAAAGCAGAGCUUGAAAAUUUCGGACCACUGGCUUUCCACAGGGUGCAUUCUAGCGGCGGGCAUUUCCCUGCCCUUGACCUCCCGAACGAUUAUGUUGGAGAUUUGCGUGAGUUCUUCGGAAAGUAUUGGGGUGCUACGUGAAUAGGUAUGGGCAGUAAAGAAUAUAACGAACAUUGGACGAAAAAUGUUUUGUACAAUAUUACAGUGAAAAAUUCUAUCUAGAAGCAUUCAAUAUGUGAAGUGGUCGCUUUAAUCGC